AUGAGUUUGAAUGACGAUUUACGAACACUGCUGAAGCGUGAGCGUACGAUUUAUAAAAGGUUAGCUGUGGUGGAAGCUUUCAUUAAAAAUGACCAUGAGAGUAAUCAGUGCGAAAUUGAAGUGCGAUUGCAGGUGCUCGAGGAUGCUUAUAAGGACUUUUUCCCACUUCGUGAAUCGAUAGAGCUGAGCACACAGCAGCUUGCCGAAUUUGAAAAUAAAUACUGUGCUGUGAAAUCCCAGCUUUUGAAGUUACGUCCUAUACCUGAACCCCAUCAAGCCACAUGUACGAAUCAUGUCCAAGCUGAACAAACGGCAUCGUUCACCAAGAUCAAGCUCCCCGAAAUCCGUUUACCUUCGUUCAGCGGAAAAACUCGCGAGUGGAUAGUUUUCCGUGAUACCUUUCUGAGCUUGAUUCAACAAAAUCCGAACUUAAACUCGAUGGACAAGUUCACUUAUCUCAAGUCGUCGCUUACAGGAGAGGCACUUCAGGAAAUAAAUUCUAUCGAACUCUCAGCUGCUAAUUACGAAGUAGCCUGGAAGGGUCUUCAGGGACGGUACGAAAAUAAAAAACACAUCGUGAAGUCACACUUAGACGCACUCUUCUCGCUAGAACCACUCAGGAAGGAGACAUGCGACGGAUUACAUCAUUUAGUGAGUGAGUUCGAGAAAAACUUGCAAAUGUUGGACAAGCUGGGAGAAAAGACUGCCAACUGGAGUACUCUUCUAGCUUAUAUGAUGUGCUCUAAGCUGGAUGCAACCACACAACGCCAUUGGGAAGUUAAACACAACAGCAAAGAAGUUCCAAUGUACCAGGAUUUGAUCAUCUUUCUUCGGAAUCAGUGUUCAGUUCUCCAGUCCGUGAUUCCGCAGAAAACGUCCGCUGCUGAAACCCGACAGUUUAAAUCAUCAGUUUGCCACUCCGUUGUCAAGGUUGCUAACAAAUGCCUGUUCUGUGGAGAACCGCGGCAUUCACCGUUUCAGUGUACGAAAUUUCAAAGGAUGAAAGUAUCGGAGCGAAACGAGGCUGUGAUGAAAGCGAGGCUGUGCAGAAACUGCCUCUAUCCUGGUCAUUACGCUGGGUCUUGCGAGAAAGGAGUCUGUCACCACUGCCGGCAAAAACACUAUUCGAUGCUGCAUGCUGCGCCGGUAAGAUCCUCCGUCCCACCCUCGCAAACGAAACCUCCUACUGCAAACCCAACAACACGACAAGCACAGCCCAAGCCGCAGCACUCAAACCAACAAGCACACACUCAUUCAGACACUGCACUUGCAAACACAACCAACUCACACAAUACAGAUUCACAAGCCAGUACCAGUUAUAGUCAUGCUACCAAUAGUCGUACCAGUCAGACUUAUGUUGCACUUCCUGAAACGUCUAGACCACAUCAAAUUCUGUUAUCGACGGCCAUCGUUAAGGUCAAAGACCGCUUCGGAAACACUUUACUGGUAAGAGCAUUGCUGGAUUCCUGCUCUCAGCACUGCCUUAUGACUAAGGAGUUCUCGAGAAAACUUAAGUUCCGAGUUACUCCUACGUACCUCUCCGUUCAGGGAAUCGGAUCCUCCCAGUGUGAGUCCACAAAGCUUGUGGCCGCAGCAGUAGCUCCGAGGUCUCGCAAAUUCUCUUCUUUCGAAGAACACAUGCAGUUUUUCGUCCUUCCGAAGCUUACGGUAUCGCUGCCUACCUCGAGUUUCAAUGUUUCGGAAUGGAACCUGCCCGAUUCAACGUUUUUGGCGGACCCAGGAUUCAACGCAUCCGGGCCGAUAGACAUUAUCAUAGGGGCAGAGUACUAUCUGGAUCUACUUACGGAAGGAAAAAUGCAGGCAACAGAAACUGGACCCACUAUACAAAAAACUGUGUUCGGUUGGGUCGUUUCCGGGCGUGCUGCAAGCGGCUCUACAAGCAUUCCCCGGUCCAUCGUCAACGUGUGCUCUACAGCAGAUAUUCAAGAGCAGCUCACCAAGUUCUGGGAGCUCGAAACCUGCCACUCAGCUACCACGAAUUCCGUCGAAGAGUCAGCCUGCGAGAUGUUCGAGAAAACAACAGUACGAGACGAAAUGGGAAGAUUCGUCGUCACACUACCAAAAAAGGACCAUCUGAUUGCCAGAUUGGGUUAUUCCAAAACCACAGCACUGAAACGGUUCAGCGGAAUGGAAAGGCGGCUUGCAGCAAAUUCUGAGUUAAGGAAGCAGUAUUCCGCAUUCAUUCACGAGUAUGAAGAUCUCGGUCACAUGCGUGAAGUCGUGGAUGAAGAACCUAGUAAUCAAGUGAACUAUUACCUGCCUCAUCACGCCGUGCUGAAACCCGAAAGCACUACGACGAAGCUUAGGGUGGUCUUCGACGCCUCUUGUCGCACAUCCACAGGAGUUUCAUUGAACGAUGCGCUUUUAGUCGGACCAGUCGUCCAAGACGAUUUGCUCAACAUCAUACUUCGAUUUCGUCUCCAUCGUUACGCGAUUGUCGCUGACAUCGCCAAAAUGUAUCGUAUGAUACGCAUGCAGCCUGCAGACCAGCGAUUGCAGAGGAUCGUAUGGAGGGAUUCUGAGGAUCAACCCAUUCGCGCGUACGAGUUAUGCACCGUUACGUACGGAACCGCUGCUGCGCCGUACCUUGCCACAAGAUGCUUGCAGAAAUUAGCAGAAGAAGGAGCCAAAACUCAUCCAGAAGGCGCGAAAGUAUUGAAAAAUGACUUUUAUGUCGACGACAUGCUAUCAGGUGUCGACGAUGUCGAGAAAUGCAAGCGGUUUGUAGCAGAGAUGAUUAGCUUAAUGGAGUCAGCUGGAAUGUCGUUAAGAAAAUGGAACUCGAACUGCGAGGAGAUACUAUCUGUUCUUGAAGCUCUUCGAGACGAACGCUCCGUUCUAGAGCUCGAUUCGUCCAAAUCUACAGUUAAGACGCUCGGUUUGGCUUGGGAGCCAUAUACCGAUCGUUUCAAAUUUAGCACUCCAAAGUGGAACGAGACAGCGGGUAUUACAAAACGUACUGUCGUUUCAGACGUCUCCCGGUUAUUUGAUCCGUUGGGCCUUGUCGGACCUGUGGUCGUGCAGGCAAAAAUUUACAUUCAAGAACUCUGGAAGCUGGAGUGUAACGCGGACGACCCACGUCAGCAGCGAAUUUCAAGAGCAGUGGCAGGAAUACAGAAGAAACAUGAGAGGUCUCGAUGGAUUAUCGAUACCACGGUGGAUCGGGUUCAGCACAACGACCCAGUCUCAGCAGAUCCACGGAUUUUGCGACGCAUCCGAGAAGGCCUAUGGGGCCUGUAUCUAUCUCCGAAUUGUUUUAGUCGAUGGAACCGUAUCAGUUCAGUUGUUCACUGCAAAAUCUCGGGUCGCUCCGAAGAAGAAAAAGCGGCAGACAAUCCCACGACUGGAAUUAUCAGCACUGCUGCUUGCUCACCUGUACGAGAAGUAGUAGUUGUGAGUAGCACUAAUAUUAAUGCACAGGCAUAUUUCUGGACGGAUUCGAUGAUUGUUAAGUGCUGGCUAGCAUCACCGCCGUCCAGAUGGAAGGAGUUCGUCGCAAACUGA